ACAGGAUCCUGGGUUUAUCGCCGCCGUCGAGGAAGCAAAGAAGGGCCUGGCUGAGGGCGGGGUGCCGAUCGGGGCCUGUCUAGUCUCCAAGGAUGGAGAAAUCCUUGGACGCGGCCAUAACAUGCGCGUGCAGAAGGGGAGCGCUACAUUGCAUGCCGAGAUGUCAGCUCUUGAGAACUCCGGCCGUCUCCCUGCCUCAGCCUACGAGGGCGCCACCAUGUAUACGACCCUGUCACCCUGCGACAUGUGCACGGGCGCCUGUAUCCUCUACAAGGUGAAGCGGGUGGUUAUUGGGGAGAACAAGAACUUUCUCGGUGGGGAAGAGUAUCUUCUCAACCGCGGGAAGGAGGUGGUCGUCCUGGAUAACGAGGAGUGCAAGCAGAUCAUGGAGAAGUUCAUCGAGGAGAAGCCUGAGCUGUGGAACGAGGACAUUGCGGUCUAAUCAACGGCGGGUUGCGUAG